UACGGCCCAGAGGCCAGGCCCAGCCAGAGCCCCGCGCGGCUGGAGGCGCUCGGCGGUCGCCUGGGUCGACGAAAAGGCUCGGGACCUAAGAAAGAGAGGAGACGGACGGAGAGCAUCAACAGCGCGUUCGCUGAGCUGCGCGAGUGCAUCCCCAACGUGCCAGCCGACACCAAGUUGUCCAAAAUCAAGACUCUUCGCCUCGCCACCAGUUACAUCGCCUACCUGAUGGACGUGCUGGCCAAGGACGCACAGGCCGGGGACCCGGAGGCCUUCAAGGCUGAGCUCAAGAAGGCCGAUGGCGGCCGCGAGAGCAAGAGGAAAAGGGAGCUGCAACAGCAGCAGCAGCAGCAGCAGCAGCAUGACGGCUUUCCUCCUGCUCUGGGCCCCGGGGAGAAGAGGAUUAAAGGGCGCACCGGCUGGCCGCAGCAAGUCUGGGCGCUGGAGUUAAACCAGUGAGCACAGGCUCCCGCCCAGGGCCCGGCCACUGUGGGUCCAUCCUGGAGCCAGCAAAGAAAGGAAGGCAGCAGCGAAGGCUAGCCUCUGGGUCCCUGCAGCCUGCGGGGAUACAUCCCGCGGAGCCUCUGCUGCGAGCUGCCGAGUUGUCUGCAACCGCACACUUGGAUCUCACGUGCAAUGUAGUUUGAAAUCGUUUUUUAAUACAUAAAGAGAAAGAUAUAUAUAUAUAUAUCCACUCCCCUAACCGAGAGGACAACCCUGACAGGCAGGAUGAGGGAGAGAGGGACUUCGGGACUGAAGCCUGGGGGGAUCUACACAUCCCUCUGACACAGGCGAAUUUAGAAUCCUCAAGUCUUCCUAACUCCCCUGUCUGGCCCUCUCUCUCAAGCACCCCACUCUCCCGCUUUUCCUCCAGCUUCGGGUCGCCCUCUUCCCUCAUGAAAAGGCAAUAAGACCAACCCAUCGUUUUCUGCCCGGGAUAGAGUCAAAAGCAAGAACCUGGGUAUUUUUAUAUUACAUUGUUUUGUUUUUGUCGCUGCACUUCCUACUUAGUUUCAAGGGAAAGUUUGCUUUUUUUUUUUUCAUUGUAAAUAAAAACUUUCCCCCUCCUUGGGAAGUUUUUAUGUAUUUAAACUACCUACCUACCUGUGCCUGGAGCGCUCGGGUGUGUGUGUAUCCCUGUUCCCACCCUUUUUCUACCUCAAAUCUAUAUGACCACUCACAGUCCCCCCUCCCGC